CGGAAGUAGGGUAAUUGUGAGCUAGUAUUGUGGUGGCUUCUUGUGGAUUUCAUAGAGGACUUACAAGCUAACUAUUAACUGUAAACGUUGUUUUAUUGAUGGGGAAAAGUGUCCAUCGUUUGCUAAGCUGAUCUUUAAAAACAGAUGGAUUGUAAACGAACUCGAAAAUAGAUGGUUUUCAAUCGAUUUUACAAUGUCGAAUUGUAUUGCUUUCCAGACUCAGUUAGCCUCCAUCAUGGAGUUAUUGGUUCAAACAGCCGUGGCAGAAAUGGGCAACCUUGUCGACGAAGACACUGCCAUCGUGUUACGUUUGGAUGUGGCAGGACAGCAAACCGAUAACGAAGUGCUGCAGAAGAAAAUACAGGCACAGAAUGAGUUAAUGAUGAGCCGGUUCGCUUCUGUCAUGGAGAUUCUCAGUAAAGAGGCCGUGGUCAAAAUAACCAGACUCGUCGAUGAAACGAAACAGCAGUUCAUGGAGGUUGAAAUUGUGACUGUACAGGAUACAACGGAAAAGAGUUAUUUGAACGGCUUUACUGUAGCAGAAUGUGUGGAAGAGCUUACUGUUGUGAAGGAGGAAGACAAUCCAGUCCAUCCUGUGUUGAAAGCUAAGUCCACAGGUCUGGAAGAAGACAACCCAAAAUCUCCUGUUUGCAGGGAGGAAAGACUUGAACAUGUAUCUGACACAACUGAACAAGGACUGAAAUGCAAUCCAGACAAGGCAGUUUGGGCUGCAUCUGAUUUUGGAAGGGGGUUUUACAAUGACCAUCAGUACUGGGAAGAAAAUGACAAUGCAGAGUAUGACUUGCAGUCCACACUUGUGGAAUCUCACGGCAAUAUUAAAGAAAAGGAUGACUCGAUCCUGAUAGACUGGAGUCCAAGCACUGCUGACAACAGAGAAAAACUGUUCAGUUGCCCUCAGUGCGGGAAGAGCUUCUGUAAGCUGAAUCGUCUUAAUGCACAUCAGCGAAUUCACACGGGUGACAAACCGUUUAGCUGCAUGCAUUGCGAGAAGACCUUCACGCAGAAGCACAGUCUCACCGAACACCAGCGAAUCCACACAGGAGAGAAGCCAUACAGCUGCGAUGUGUGCGGAAAAUGUUUCAACAAAGGCGCCCAUCUCAAAACGCACCAGAGAAUCCACACGGGAGAGAAACCGUUCACUUGCGGAGAAUGCGGGAAGAGUUUCAACGUUGCGCAGAACCUUAAAAGGCACCAGCAAAUUCACACCGGAGAGAAAGCUUUUAGCUGUGUGACGUGUCAGAGGAGUUUCACUCGCGCCGUGACCCUUAAAAUCCACCAGCUGAUUCACACCGAGCAGAAGCCGCUCAGCUGCGUCGUGUGCGGGAAGGGCUUCCGCCAGGCCGUUAACCUCAAGACGCAUGAGCGGAUUCACACGGGGCAGAAACCCUUCACCUGCGCCAUAUGCGGGAAGGCUUUCCGCCUGUCCGUCAAUCUCAAAAUACAUCAGCGCAUUCACACGGGAGAGAAACCGUACAACUGCGCGCUCUGCGGGAAGAGUUUCACUCAGAAGUGCGGUCUGAAACUGCACCAGCGCACUCACACGGGGGAGAAACCGUACUGCUGCGAGGUGUGCGCUAAGAGGUUCAACAACUCGCAAAGUCUCAAACUGCACCAGCGGACCCACACGGGGGAGAAGCCGUACAGCUGCGACAAGUGCGGCAAGACGUUCAGCCAAGGCAGCCAUCUUAGGACACACAAAAGGAUACACACGGGGGAGAAACUCUACAUGUGUGAUAAAUGUGGGAAGAAUUACUGUGACCUGAGAAACCUUAGACUACAUAAGUGCGUUUACGGUUGAGUCGGUCCAUACCUGCCCACACGGAGUUUCAUAUGUUUAAACGCUACAAAUCUGCAUGUGCCUUCAUGAGGACUGACCUAUGUGCUACUCGUCACUGAACAAUUUUUCCCUCAGGUUAUAGGUAAAAUGUGUAUGUUAAACUUUCUAUGCAUUUCAGUCUAGUAGUGCAUAGUUACUGUACACUAAUAGAUUUUGAGUUUGCUUUCCUGAGAAUUCUGAACAUGUUUAACGUCAUUAAAUCAAAGCUACCAUUUACAGUUUGGUAUUUAGCAGACACUAAAUGGCAAAUAUGAAGUUAAUUGAAUAGAAUGACCUGUACAAUUCAUGACCUUUUCCAAGCAUAAAACUGAGAAACAGUGACAGUAGUAGCAUACAGUCAUUAUGCACUAAUAUGUUCACAUGCAAUUUUAUGAUGUUGAAUAUACAUAUUAAUUUUGCAGUUUAUCAAGUAGACAGAUUAUAUUGCAGUAUAUCUCCCUGCAGUAACAAUGUAAAAGCAAUGCUUUUGUGAUUCAAACCAUUUAGUUCAUGUAUUUUUUUUCCAUUUCAAUUACAAGAAUUAAACUGAAAUGAUUUAACAGAACUGUGACAUUUACCUGUUUUUUUGGACAGGCUAUGGUCCUUGUAUUUUUUUUUAUGUGCUUGACGAAAUGCUAGAUCAUGUGAAUUUGUAUGUACUUGAAGAGAACAUUCACAACAUGUAAAUUCACCUCCCGUAAAUAAAAUGACUUUGUGCAUGUUUCUAACUUCCACACA